AUGUCUUUUCAAGCCAGAUUUGCCCCCAAGGCAACUCCAACAUUGACCAAUACCCAAGGGUUGACUUGCCGUUUGUUGAGAGCGCAGAGCCGCGACGUUGCUGACUACCUGGUCCGCAAGAGUGUCCCUUUCCGCGAGACACACCACAUCUCGGGCCGCUGCGUCGCCAAGUCGAAGGAGACGGUAACACCGAUGAACGAGUUCACGUUUGAGCAGAUGAAGAUGAUUGACGAGCGCUUCGAGGAUGUGCAGGCGUUGGGGGAGGGCGGAUGA